CCUUCCCUCUCUGUGUGAGCGUAGUCUGGGCGCUGAGCCAAGUAGAGUGUGUUUUUUGAAUGAAUACCUGAUGCGGCUGAUGAGGCUGGCUGGGGGAGGAGCUGUGUCAGUGGAGUACUGAGAGAGAGAGAGAGAGAGAGAAAGAGGAGGGAGGGAGGUAAAGGGAGAGAGGCAGAAACACAGAGAGAGAGUGAGAGAGAGAGAGAGAGAGAUAGAAGCAGCCAGGCAGAGAGGGAGCUGGCGGUCUGGUGGCCUUGCAUAACACACGUUGGAGCAGUCUUGCACGCAGGACUUGGUGUGAGUUUCAGCAGUGGGGAACUUCCUUUACCGUCAGCCCGUUGCAGGGGCAACGUAGCCCACAAACCGGAGUACGGAGAGGAAAGGCAGAGCUGGAGCAGCUACAGCACAGGCUCCAGGAGAGGAGAGCGGCACAAAGAAAAGAUUCAGGAAGAGGAGUCCUAGGAAACACGUCUCCAACACACAUACACACAGACACACACACACACACAUUGAGAGGCAGGAAGAAUCCUUGGACAUGCUCUGCAAGCAGUGGCUGUGGAGAGACUGAUUCCUGCCGACAUUGUGGAAGAGGUAGAUCGGUCAGAGAUGAUUCCUCAUGAAGUCUAUGGAGCUCAUUUUGUGAGCUGGAGUGACUCCAUCUUCUCUUGUCUGAGACCUGGAGUUGUCUACCAGUGAAGACGAGCAGAGCCACACGGCAUAAAGAGAGACUGGCCCCUGCACAUAACCACUGAGAAGGACAGACUCAGGAGAACGUAAAAGUACUAACAGGGAAUAUUAGAAGCACGCUGACAUAAUGAAAUCCAACCAGGAACGGAGUAAUGGAUGUCUGCCACCUAAGAAGCGUGAGAUUCUGGCUCUGGAGCAGAGGCCAGUGGUAGUGGCCACAGCAACACCUCCAGCUGCCGUGGCUACUGAUAGUCCCCACACAGAGAACCUAGCAUGGCUGGCAAGUGUAGCCAGUGAACGCUGCAAAUCCCGGGACACAGAGAGCCCAAGUUGUCCCAUCUCCUCUGCAACCUCCUCUUCUCCUUCCACUUCUAUCCCUUCCUCGGCCACCCCUUUGUCUGCGGUGCCCCUGGCCUCUCUACCUGCAGUUUACCCCACAGCCCUUCCCCAGCAUGCCGGGACUAUCCAGUUUGCUCAGCUGGGACCCAACGUUCAGUUCAUCAGCUCUGGGCCCUAUGCUGGCUACAUCUCCUCCCAUAUAAUCACUACCAAUGCUAGUUCUGCACCUAACAGCUCUUCUAUAGUGGGACAGCGUUCCCACCUGGAUGGCUACACCACUGCCCUCAUCUCCCCCAACACCAAGGGGGAGCAGCAGUUUCAAAUAGGCCUCUCUCCCACAGAACUGGCUCCUGUGUCGCUACCAAGCUCUCCACAAGUCACCAGCCAGUACAUCCAUCUGGACAGCAGAACACCUCUGACUGUCAGCGGAAACGCCGUCACUUCACCUGCAGCCCACCUCCAGCUCCACCCUCACACAGCCGUCCUCCCUCAGACGCUUACCCUUGCUCCCUCCCAGCUGGUGGUUCAGUAUGCAGAUGGUUCAGCUGGAAAGAAACCAGACGGGCAUGCAAAGGGUGUGCUGAAUGGGGAACUGGAAGUGGUCAAACAGACAAAAGCUCCCAGUCAGCCAGCAAACCAUCAGCAGGUCCAGAGCUAUGAGGCCAGACAUAUCCUCUUGCCUGCAGACUAUGGCCAGAACCCCUCAGGACUCCAGACCUCCUUGGUGCUGGUGGCCCAGCCCAACCAUGGAGCUGAACAUGAACUUGGCUCAAAUAAGAUCUCCUUAGUUCAGACUGAGAAGGGAGGCAUCUGUCUGGGGAAACCAGUGUCCAGAUCUUCCUCUUUCACCUCCCUCUCCUCGCCAGAGAUAGUGAAGUCUGUUGCCCCUCAUUCAGUCAUCCAGACCACUCUACCCCAUGAGGAGCUGCCAGCCAGUCUCUAUUCCUCCACACAACCACCCAUUAUUGGCUAUAUCACCAGCGCAAACCAGCAUGCUGUUAGCUACCAUGCAGCACUGCCUCAGCAUCUGGUCAUCCCGAGUGGCCAGUCCCUCCUGAUCCCAGUCAGUGGUGCCAAUAACGGCACAGAAAUGGAGGUUAGCCGUACUGUCAGCGCCCUGACUGCUACCACCACCCCUCAAAUAUCCACCGCCAUGCCACAUGCCUAUCUAGCCACAGCCCUUUCCAAGUGUGAGGCACUCGGGCCAGAUGGAAAUCAACCACCCCCUGCUGUCGCGCAGGCUCCAGCGCUGCCGGUCUUGCCCUCAAACCCGGCUCCUGCAGUGGUGGAAGCUCCCUCCCCAGCUCCAGCUCCGGUCCCCGCUCCUGCCCCAGUUUCCAUCCAAGCCUCUCCCUCCAUUUCCUCUUCCUCUUCCCCUGUGGCACUUCCUCCAUUCUUUAUGCGAGGCUCCAUCAUCCAGCUGGCUGAUGGGGAGCUGAAGCGUGUGGAGGACCUCAAGACGGAGGACUUCAUCCAGAGUGCUGAGAUUAGCAGUGAGCUGAAGAUUGACUCCAGUACCGUUGAGCGGAUUGAUAGUGGACAAACUCCCAAUGCUGUGGUCAUACAGUUUUCUGUGGGAGAGCUCAAAGCCCAGGUGUGUGUGGAGGUGCUGGUGGAGUACCCCUUCUUUGUAUUUGGGCAGGGCUGGUCGUCCUGCUGCCCAGACCGGACAACCCAGCUGUUCGAGCUGUCCUGCGCUAAGCUGUGUGUGGGUGAUGUGUGUGUGUCGCUGACCCUCCGGGGUCUAAGGAAUGGCACGGUAACAGACAGCCAGGCUUUGGGGACCAAGCUGAAGACCGGUCACCUCUCUGACUCCUGUCACAACAUGGAUCCCACCGUAAGGAACGGUGCAAGGCCAAACGCUGCAGGCAGUAACAGUGGCCUCCUUAUGAAGGCUUCCAGUGCAGACAGGCCGGAGAGGGAGCAGAUAUCUGGACCAGGAUCAGGACUGGAGCUACCACCUGGACUGGGACUAAUUCCAGGAUCAGGAGAGGGGAUCUAUGGAGCAGGAUCUGUGCUGGCAGUCUUGGGAACUGGAGAAGUAAGACGGGAAUCAGUGAAAACAGACAUGCCUGCUCUCUCUAAAAUACAAUGUGGUGAUACAGACAGACCCACAGUCCGCAAGAGACGCUGGUCAGCUCCAGAGCGGGAUCAGACUGACAAAGCUGAGGAGGAGCCUCCUCUGACUCUGCCCAAACCCUCAUUCAUCCCUCAGGAGGUUAAAAUCAGCAUAGAGGGCCACUCUAGUACUGGGAGUGAAAGGUGCUUGAACAAAAGAAUAGACUGUUGAGAGAACUUUAAGGAAUUUUAAUUACCUGUGGUUUGCGUUGUGUUUAUCCCCUCUCUUUUCUCUCUAUCCAGACUACUGUAAUAUAGACAGAGUUUACACAGUAUUUACAUGUUUUCUUUCUUUCACAUAAAGCUGAUAUCUACAAUGAAGUACAGAAGAGCACCUUCAUAAGUGGUAUCACACACGAGAUCAGUGCAAUCAAUGCUGAAAGCAAAAAUGAAUGCAGCGUGAAUGUUGAGUAUGAGUGGCAGUCCGACACCCGAGAGACAUUUGACUCGCGUGUCACCUAUCAUAAGCUGGAUCUUUUUUGUCAUGUUGCUUAAACCUUCUAGAUUCAGACCAAUCAACCAUUCCUCUUAUCACACGAACAAGCACAGACCCGAUGUCAGCGUGCAGAGAGUGGGUCAUCACAUUUUGACUCGUAUCCUGCUUGUUUGACUGUUUUAUUUAGUUUGCAGUGACAUUACAAGUGAUAGCACAAGUUGGAGUUAAAGAGAAACCAUUUUGGUUAUUCCCACAACAAUUCUCAUUUGCCACUGAUCAUCAUGGCUGUGAUCUUUGUUGCCUUGUGUAUCUGAUGAGGUUUUGGAUUUUUUUUUACUACUCUGUGUUUCAUUUCAUACCAUUAUAUAUGUGUGCGCUACGGCAGGUGGCCUUGUGCCACUUGUCUGCAUUUGUAUGUGCCUCUGUGUUUGUGUGUUGGUCUGAGUGUUUUCUGUGUGGCUGGCAUACGGAGCACAGGAGUCAGGUAUGUGUGUGGCUGGAAGCUGUGAGCUCAGCUGUCAAUACAGCCUGCAAAUAUCAAGACUGAAAAGGCCUGAAUGUAAACCACUGAAUUUGUCCUCAAUACUGACUGAUGAAGUUAUUCAUGUGCUGUUUGCUACACCAAUGACAAGUAUCUGCUGAGAAUUUGAUACCAAGGCUUUUUGUGGGUGACAGGAGUUGCACAUGGAUUCAUUCUUUUGAUUGGUCAACUUUAAGUUGAUAGUUUAUUUGGAAAAUCUCAUAUAAUUCCUUUCAAAGACAGCAUGUAUCACCGGGUUAUGUCUGUCUUCAGUCCCAGCUGCUAUGUGCGGCACUUAAAUUUGUACAAAAAGGGAAAAUCAAGGUAUUUCUAUCUAAUGCCUCUGAAUGAGAUUUUAGCUAAUGUAUGUAUGGACUUAUACUGCAUUAUAAACCAUAGCUGGCUAACUUGGAUAACUGCAUCACUUAAUUUUUCUGGCCACUUGGGGGACUGCGCAACAAACUGCAAAUACAAAUUUGUCAUUCAGUAUUUGUAUGUGUUGGCAAACUAUUGCCUUAUUACACAUCAAGCAGACAUGGAUCAACAUCAGCAUUCAUUUGGAGUCGUGUUUCUGGCAGUCCAGUUUACUCCUUUUUACUCUGUUUUGAUCUCCUUCACCUCUCAAGGGAAAUAUCUGGCUCCAGCAUAUCUAAAUGCUCCACUAUGUUCACCAGCUAGUUACUAACUUUGUCUGUUUGCUGCUGAGUAAAACAAAACAAAACAGUAAAGUUGUGGAGAGUGAAACCAAAACAAUGAGCUGAAAGAUCCUAAAAUGCACCAUUGAGUUGAGGGGAACUGCUGAAUAGGGUGAUAAUUUUCUGAGUUUGUCACCAUAUACCCUUUUUGUAUAGAACGUAGUCAUCUGACCCAUUGUUAAAAAUAAAAAUACUGAUUAGAGCAACUUUAAAUGCAAACAUGCCAUGAGAUAAAAAACAAAACAUGGGGUAAUAUUUACUUAUUGACAGAAAAAUGGCACCUUCCCAACUUAUUGACCACUUUAUUUACAGAGACAAUGGCCUUAGAAAUAUGCAACUACUACACAGCAGCACAUGUUUUUUUUGGGUUUUUACCAUUAAAACCUCUUUUCUUCAAUGAA